CUUCCCAUCUAUCCCUCUCAGACCUCAAAUCAAAUUCAAGCCUAAUUACCACGGCUAAAAGGGCACCUACCCGAGCUAACAUUAAUCUCUCUCGUUCGCAAGCCGCAAGCGCCCCGCCGGUCCAUGGAGUGCGGCGCAGGGAUCACCAUGAAGAGGAGCGCUUCUUCUUCGUCGUGGGCGCCGUGGGGGGAGAUGGAGACGGACUGCCUGGUGCACGUCUUCCGGCGUCUGCCGCUGGAGGACAUAGCCGCGGCAGCCCCGCUGGUGUGCCGCGGGUGGCGCCGCGCCGCGUCGGACCCGUCCCUGUGGCGCGACCUCGACCUGCGCUGCACCCAGGACGUCACGCGCUUCAUGCCCUGGGGCGCGCUCGCCACGGCCUUCGCGCGCCGCUACGGCGUGGCCCGCUUCGCCUUCGCGGGCUUCCUCGCGCUCUGCCUCGCCCGCGCCGGCGACGGGGGCUCCGUCUCCCGCCUCGCGCUCCCGCCGCUGCUCUCCUCCCCCGGCGACCUCGACCGCGUCGCCCUCCUCUGCCCGGGCCUCCGACGCCUGUCGCUCCCCAUCAACCUCUCCCCGGCCGACGAGGCGCACCUCCCGGAGCUCGUCCCGCGGUGGCCUAAGCUCCAGCGGCUCGAGCUCGAGUCCAAGCCGGCCUCCUUCCCCGCCAUGGCCCGGCAGCUCGCGCUGCACUGCCCGGAAUUCUCCGGCCUGAAGAUCGGCUCCGGGUCCAUCAAGCCCGAGGACGCCGAGGCCAUGGCGGCGUUCGGACUUCGGUCCCUGUCCCUUGACUCUUGUUACCUGCCCAAGCAACAGCUGCUCGCCAUUCUCGCCGGCUGCAAGCAGCUCGUGGAAUUCAGCGCCAGGGACUGUGUCGGGUUCGACGAGAAGGACGACGAGGUGAUGGCACGGGGCGCUGGGAUCGAGCGGUUCGACAUCGGAGGGUCCAGAUCCGUUGAAGACCUUGACGAAGAGAUGAUGCUCGAUGACGAGCUCUGCGGCUCUUCCUACGUCGACGUCAUGUGAUCUUCUUCUCUGUUAAGAAUUGGUUGAUGUGCUUUCUCAUCUUGUUGUUGUACCCGCCGCGUGCGUACGUAUGUGUAUUUCUUACUGCUAGUAGUAUUUAUUCGGAGGAGUAGUAUUAUUUGGAGGAGAGAAUAAUUACAUUAUUUGCGACCUUUAGUUUGUGUCAUCGCGCCGGAUUUUUCUUCGUCUAAGUAUAUGAUCGGAUUGUCUCGGUAUUUCAUCA